AUGGUAUCAUUUGGACAAUGCAUCAUAUACGGAAUGAUCUUUGCAUCAGGAGCGCUUAUUGGAUAUGACUCCGGAUACUUGAAUGGUGUCUUGGGCUCAGAGGACUUUAUCAAAAGAUACGGAAUCACAAACCCUUCAACUAGAGAGACAUAUCUGCAGCCUCACACUCGAUCACUAUUUACUUCCAUUUUAGUCGUGGGAACGAUGCUUGGGUCGGCCCUGGCAUCCAUCGCAGCUGAUCGAAUCGGACGGAAGGGCAGCUUGAUGCUCGCAGCAGUGGUCUAUACCAUUGGCGUCGUGCUGCAAAUCAUUGCUCCGCCGCCAGCAGUGUUUGCCAUUGGUCGUGCAUUCCUAGGGGCAGCACUUGGCAUAAUCUCAGUGGUGUCUCCUAUGUACUUGGUUGAAUCCUCGAAGGCCAACACAAGAGGUCGACUGGUAUCGUUCUACAGUCUUCUUCUCACCUGUGGGAAUGUGUUGGCUUGUGGUAUUAGUCUUGGAACCAGCAAGCUUUCUGGUGCUAAUACUUGGCGAAUCACCAUCGCUUUUCAGCUCUUCCUUGCUUUGGUCGUCUUCGGCGGCGCAAUCAUCGCCCCGGAGUCGCCUGUCUUGUUGAUGAAGAAGGGCAAGCCCGAGAAGGCUCGCAAGUCCAUUGCCGCUCUUCGCAAUAUCGGCAUAGCGUCGGAUGAAAUGCAGCAAGUGUACGAGGAAAUUACUGAUUGGGCAGCAGAACAAAGCACAUAUGAAAGUGUUCGACUCAUUGAAUGCUUUCAAGGGCCGAACCUGCGUCGUCAGUUGCUUGGCAUGUGCAUGGCAAUUUUAACCAUAGCAACUGGCAUUACAUUUUGGUUUGGUUAUGGAACGACAUUUUUUCAAGAAGCUGGAGUUAGUAACUCGUAUUUGAUUUCGCUGGUACUCGCGUUGGUGAACGCCAUAUUCACAGCUGUAUCGACAAUCUUGGUCGAAAAAGUUGGCCGACGCACAUGUUUGUUGUGGGGAGCCGUGAUCAUGGGUGUGACAAUGCUGGUCCCCGCAGUCAUUAAUUCAGUCUCCCCGGGCAGCGCCAGUGAUCAUAUCGCUUUGGUUAUUGGUGCUGUCAUUUUCAUUGCGGCUUACGCUACAACUUGGGGCACUGUGGGUUGGGUGGUUAUGACGGAGCCGUACUCUCAGCGCCUGCGACUCUAUCAAUCAACUCUUACGAUGCUUGUCUAUUGGCUAGCUACUUGGACAAUUGGGUUUGUGACACCCUACCUAGUGGAUGAGACUGCUGCAGAUCUUGGAAUCAAUGUUUGCUACAUUUGGUUUGCCAUGAUAGUCAUUUCAGUUGUCUGGGCAUACUCUUACGUGCCAGAGCUCUCUGGGCUCUCUGUUGCUGAGACCGAUCUGCUUUUUGAUACUGGUGUCCCGGCAUGGAAAUCGAAGGAAUGGCACGGCCAGAUUGGAUCCUGCGAGGCAAUUAUCCCGGUUACAGAAAAUAAUACCCAGGAGGUCGAUAUAUUCGAAAAAGGGAAGAAGUAA